CGCCUGGGUCCGCCGCUGGGUCCGUGUUUCGAAGCUCCCUCCCUGUCGGAGGCUGACCUUGUUCCCGCGAUGACGGCUUCCUGCGGGCUGAGCUGAGACGGACUUGGCCGCCCUCACAGCAAGAUGUGCCAGUGAAGGAGAACCAGGGUUACCGAUAAGUUUCGCUGGCCGUCAUGCAGUGGACCGGGCCGGUACAGUAGCUCGUCUGUUCAAGCCGGGGAGUGGAUGUCGCAGGCGGAUACCGUGUGGAAAUGAGUAACAGGAUGGAGGGUUCGGAGGGUCCAGGGUCCCGGGCGAACGGACCCAUCGCACCGCCCAGCAGCCCGGUGGGCUCCGGUAUUGGCCCACCUGUGCCCCCAGAGGAGAUGGGCGAUGAACCGCAGUCGUCUCUGACAGACGUCACCCAAAUGUGGAUUAACUUCGGCAAGACUUUUGCCAUCAUCUUCCCGAUCUACAUCUUGGGAUACUUUGAGUUCAGCUUUAGCUGGGUUCUGAUCGGACUCGCCGCGUUGUUCUACUGGAGAAAGAACUACGGCGGCAGGGACUACAGGAUAAACCGUGCUUUAGCAUUCCUGGAGCAUGAGGAGAAAGCAGUGAAGCAAAGUGUGUCCACUGCGGAGCUUCCACCAUGGGUCCAUUAUCCAGAUGUGGAGAGAGUGGAGUGGCUGAAUAAGACGGUGAAGCAGAUGUGGCCGUUCAUCUGCCAGUUCGUGGACAAGCUGUUCAGGGAGACCAUCGAGCCGGCCGUGAAGGGCGCCAACCCUCAUCUCAGCUCCUUCUGCUUCACCAAGAUCGACAUGGGGGACAAGCCUCUGAGAGUGAACGGGGUGAAAGUUUACACAGAGAAUGUGGACAAGAGGCAGGUGAUCAUGGACCUGCAGAUCAGCUUCGUCGGGAACACAGAGAUCGACGUGGACAUCAAGAAAUACUACUGCAGAGCUGGAAUCAAAAGUAUACAGCUCCAUGGAACGAUGAGAGUGGUGAUGGAGCCUCUGCUGGGGGACAUGCCUCUGAUCGGAGCCCUGUCCGUCUUUUUCCUCAAGAAACCAUUGCUGGACAUCAAUUGGACGGGACUGACAAACAUGCUGGACAUUCCUGGUGUCAAUGGUUUGUGUGACAACAUCAUCCAGGACAUCAUCUACAGCUUCCUGGUCCUGCCCAACCGUCUGACCAUCCCUCUGGUGGGAGAAGCUGAGCUGGCCCGGCUCCGCUUCCCCAUGCCCAAGGGCAUCCUGAGGAUCCACUUCAUCGAGGCCCAGGACCUGCUGGGUAAAGACAAGUUCCUCGGAGGGCUCAUCAAAGGCAAGUCGGACCCGUACGGAGUCAUCCAGGUCGGGACUCAGCUCUUCCAGAGCAAAGUCAUCCACGACACCGUCCACCCGAAGUGGAACGAGGUGUACGAGGCCUUAAUAUACGACCACUCAGGACAGAAUCUGGAGAUCGAGCUGUUUGAUGAAGACACCGACAAAGACGACUUCCUUGGAAACCUGCUGAUCGACCUGGCCGAGCUCCAGAAGGAACAGAAGGUCGAUGAGUGGUUUGUGAUGCAAGAUGUGGCCACAGGGAAGCUGCACCUCAGACUGGAGUGGUUAUCUCUGCUGCCCACACCUGAGAAGCUGGACCAGGCGCUGACGAGCAUCAAAGCCGACCGCUGUCAAGCCAACGACGGCCUGUCGUCUGCGCUGCUCGUCAUCUUCCUGGAUUCGGCCAGAAACCUGCCUAGCGUCUUCGAGGGGAACUUGGGCUCUGGCUACUUAAAAGAGAGGCGGGCGGCGGGCCUGGUGUUCUGCGAGAACACGGCCUCUCUCUAUCGGACCUUAUUUCGCAAUCCGUUAGAGUUCAACCAAGCGGGGCUGAAGAAGGCCUCGGUCAGUAAGGCCAUCAAGUCCGGUAAAAAAGUGACCAGUGAUCCCAGUCCGUUCGUCCAGUUCACAGUGGGACACAAGUCGUUCGAGAGCAAGGUCAGAUAUAAGACUAAUGAACCCGUGUGGGAGGAAGCCUUCACCUUCCUCAUCCACAACCCCAAAACCCAGGAGCUGGAGGUGGAGGUGAAGGAUGAGAAACACGAGUGCUCUUUGGGGACGUUAACGCUUCCUCUGAGCCGCCUGCUGGAGGCCAAGGACAUGAUGCUGAACCAGCGCUUCCCCAUGAAGAACUCCGGACCGAGCUGCACCCUCAAGAUGAAGAUGGCUCUGCGGGUGUUGUGUUUGGAUAAGGACCCAUCCUCGCCCUCAGACACCACCCCAUCCUCCGUGCAGGUCCGCAAGCCCAGCUCCUCCACCACCCCGCGGCCCUCCAUCUCCUCCGACUCCCCCAAGCCUCCCUCCUCCAGCCAGGACAUCCCCCGCUCUGCCUCCGUGUCCGCCCAGGACCUGCUGAACCGGCGGAAGGAGUCCGAUGAUCCCUUUAGAUCCCCAGGAAGCGUGGAGUUAGGGCAAGUGGGAGGAGUAGGAGGAGGUCACAGUCUGGCGGAGACCGGGAGGAGCACCUCCAACCUGGCCAUCUCGGGCUCCCAACAGUAUCUGGCUGGAGGCAAAGAACCGACGCCGAGCAUCGCAUCGGACAUCUCCAACCCGUUUGCUGCUCAGGAGCUGCAGACGAGAAUCCAGCAGCUGCAAAAUGGUUCAGGCCCGAGUCACUUCCCCCUGGGCGAGGUCCAGCUGACAGUCAGACACAGCUCCCAGAGGAACAAACUCAUCGUGGUCGUUCACGCCUGCAGAAACCUGAUCGCGUUCACCGACCACGGCUCAGAUCCGUACGUCCGCCUCUACCUGCUCCCUGACAAACGGAGGUCGGGCAGGAGGAAAACUCACACCUUCAAGAAAAACCUCAACCCAGUUUACGACCAGACGUUUGAGUUCACCGUUUCCCUUGUGGAGCUCCACAGGCGAACUCUGGAUGUGGCGGUGAAGAACGGAGGAGGUCUGCUCUCCAAACACAAAGGCCUUCUGGGAAAGGUUCUGGUGGAUUUGACCCAUGAAGACAUCAGUAAGGGCUGGACACAGUGGUUCGAGCUGAGCGGAGACGGCCUGGCGAAGCCUCACCAACUAUAGACGGCUACGACGGGAACCAUCAUCAUCAUUACUAUCAUUACUAUAUCAUCAUCAUCAUCAUCAUCAUAUCACCACACUUCCACUUUACACACUUCCACUUCCAGUGUGGCUCUUUUUCUUUGAUUUUCAUUACUUGUAACUUGAACCAGAAAAAGCAGCUUUUGACAUUUAAUCACAGUCAGUCGCAAGGCAAACCUCCCCUUUAAGAAGUGAAAGGCUGAUAGAAUAAAGGGAGUAUACAACGUGUAGAAGACUAUACAUAUAUAAAUAUAUAUAUAUAUAUAUAUCAUUAUGUUCUGCUGUGGAAAGUCUAUAUACCAUAUUUAUAUCAGCUGUAGAGGACGACAGUUUCUAUUUCUUUUGCUUUUUGUAGAAGUUUCCUGCCUGGAGUUUCAGUAACGAGCGACGAUGUACAGGUUUGUAAAUAGAAACGACGAUGCUGGACGAAACAGACGGGGUAUUUUUUUAGAGAGCAGAGCGGAGAAGAGAGAGAGAGGCGUGGUCUCUUUUUACUUGGCCAAAUGAUUGUUUGUAAUUUUAUUUGAGUACAUUUUUUUUUUUUUUAAAUGAAAAACAUUCUGGAAGGAGUUUCUGAAGCCGAGCCGACGGUCGCAGGGAAAGACGCCACCAAAGAGACGAGAAGAAUUUAACUCUGUCGCAGGUUUUGGUAACGCGGCUUUGUCUCUCUGUAAUAACACCUGUUAGCCGAGUGGAAAGAUCUUUAAAGAUACGAAUAUUGUUUUUAAAUUUCAUGCGGUUCAGUUUGCCAACACGGAUCUUUAACACCUGUUGUUACACUGAAGAUGAAGCCACGUCGAGUGUGUUUUUGUAAAACUGAAUAUUUGCACAUAUUUUUUUGUCUCGCGGGGAUCAUCUUUACUCUCACUUAACAUUUUUACAUUACCUAAAUUCAUCAAGAAAGAAAAAGUGUCAGUUUUUAAAGCUGUUUGUUGUUUUUGUUUUUUUACAUCAAGUGUCGCUCUGUUUUACACACAGCGGCUUUUAGAAAUGAGGAUUAUAAUUUUGGCGUUUCCUCUCCUAAGAAAUGGGACGUUGUGUAUAAAUCGCUUGUUUUUUGUUUUAUUGUUCACACGCAGCGGGCGUCACGAUAAACUCCACUACAAUCAUUCUGAGUCGCUCACGUUUUGUUUAUGAAUCAACGUUAAGUCUUAACUGAAGUGUCGUUCUCAGCGAGACGCCGCGAUGAGAACGACAUUUAUCUUUUUCCUUCGUUAGCUGUUCACACACCGUCUUCACGCACAUCGUAUUAAACACCGCUUCCACUUCACAGCACUCGCUCAGAAAGGGAUUUAUAUAAACAGACAAAUACACAGAAUACAUAAUUCUUAAUAUCUAACAAGAUGAAUAAAUGCACAUAUUGUCUUUGCGGUCAUACGAAGCCAAAGAGCAGCAGCUCGGUGAUGACGAGGAGGAGCACGGUGUGACCUUUGACCUUCAAAACACACAACAGACUUUUUUGCCUUUCCGUGUUCAUAUCACACAUCAAGAAAGUACUUUACAUACAUGUACAUGAACUGUGCCGUUCUGCAUUUAUGUCAUUACUGUUUUGGUUUUUUUAAUUUUAUUUUUAUUUGUGUUCUCCAGCCGUCACCCUCUCUGUCCUGUUUCUGUGUUUUUUACUUUGUAAAGAAUCACAGCGAUUGUCUGUCAGCCGUUACAGAAAACGAGAGCUGUGUCUCUCUGGGGUUUGUCCUCCGAGAAAGGCGGUCCGUCUCCUCCGUCUUCUUAAUUUAUCUUGUGCCUUAACAAUUCACACGACCCAGAGAUAAUAUUUACAUGUACGAACAGAGUAACAGAACCAACGAAAUGCUCCAACAGUUUGUUUUCCGAAUGUCUCCUACAUGUCUUUAAAAACAAAUAAAGAGCUUUAGCUGGCGACGGCAGCAUGAAGCUGUACGCAGUG